AUGUAUUUCUUUAACUUCCUCACAAACUCAAAUAUUCAUCAAACCUACCUCGUCAAUUCCCAACGCAUGUUCCCCUCGAUGCGACUGAGCGUUUCAGGCCUUGAGGAGGAGACUAACUACUGCGUCCUUCUCGAAAUGGUACCCAUUGGCGAUUGUCGCUAUAAGUUCUCGGGAUCACAAUGGGUGCCUGCAGGUGGCGCCGAACCGCAGAGUCCACAACGCAUGUACCUACAUCCCGAUAGUCCUGCGACAGGUGCGCACUGGCAGGCCCAACCUAUACUCUUCAAUAAAGUCAAACUGACGAAUAAUACUCUGGAUAAUAGUGGGCAUAUCGUGCUCGCGAGCAUGCACAAAUAUCAGCCGCGUCUGCAUGUCAUACGCACCGCUGAUCUCGCACAGAUACCUUGGGCGCCACAGCAAGCCUUUGUCUUUGCCGAGACAGAGUUCGUGGCCGUGACAGCGUAUCAGAACGAUCGCAUCACAAAGCUGAAGAUCGACAACAAUCCAUUUGCGAAGGGCUUCCGCGAAACGGGUCAAUCGCGUUGCAAACGCAAAAUGUCUUCAUCACCAACGCAGGAAGAUCAAGAUCAUCAGCCUCAUCAGCAUCAGCAAAGUCCAAGCUCGCUUGAUAUGUCGCCAACAAAAUCUGCGCUGACAAGCGCCAACGAUCCAGAGUCCCACAAUAACAACAACAACAACAACAAUAGCGACAACGAUGGUCCGCAAAUUAAGCGCCUGAGAUCAAAUGGCUCCGCAUGCUCGUUAUCAUCAUCGCUCGACGGCGCUGAGCCUGGCGCCAAUGGCAACGUCAACGUCAGCAGCGGCAGCGGCAACGGCAACAGCAGCAUGCAAAUGCCGCCCAUGGGGCCCGCAGCUUCACCGCCUGGCGGCCACAAUGCCAGCGCCUUUAUGCAGCACAUGCAAACCUUGCUGCGACCUUCGCUCGUCGAUUUUGCCUGCACGUACUUUGGCCGACCAGCCCAUGAGCAUGGGACGCUUUAUCCGAAUGCUGUCGCCGCUGGAACAUUGCCGCAGUCACCAUCUCCAUCCCAUUUGUAUGGGCCACCAUCUAUUUUGCAAGCGGCUUUCCCGGCACUUCCUGCUCUCGGCCUGCCACACAGCAUUUCCGCAGAGCAGACGCAGCUGCUGCAACACUCAGAUGAUUCUACCGCUGAUGAGCUGGAUGUGGGAUGCGAGACCUCAACGGACCAACAACAGGAACAACCACAGCACCACCACCAACAACAACAACAACAGCAACAGUCCUCGCCGCCCUCGAAACGCAAAGGUUUUAGCAUAUCAGCCAUUCUUGGAGGCGGCAGUUAG